UAUCAUGAGCGCAAUUGUACUCGUGCCAUUGUUUAUCCUUUUCCAUUUAUUCCCAUUCCAGAGUUUCUUCUCAGUCGUCAAAGCUCUCUAGCACAAUGAGCGCCGCAACUAAGGCGCAGUCUCAGCGGAUCUUCGAGAAGCUACGCGCCAAACCGGCCAACAGGGUUUGCUUCGAUUGCGGCACCAAAAAUCCAACAUGGACUUCGGUUCCCCUCGCCAUUUACCUCUGUCUGGACUGCUCUGCGAAUCACCGGAAUCUCGGUGUGCACAUCUCCUUUGUGCGGUCGACCAAUCUUGAUAUAUGGCAGUGGGAUCAGCUGAGGCUGAUGAAAGUUGGUGGGAACGAAUCAGCCACGAGAUACUUCCAAACUCAUGGAGGCUCCGCCGCCCUUGCAAGCAAAGAUUCAAAGACGAAGUACACGUCGAAUACGGCGACGAAAUACAAAGAGGAACUCAAACGGAGAGCAGAGGCAGAUGAGAGACAAAACCCUGGCGAAGUCGAAAUCAAUGACGCUGUUAAUCCGAACUCCGGCACCAGCACUCCAGCCGGAGAACCCGACGACGACUUCUUCUCCUCCUGGGACAAACCCACCAUCAAACGGCCUAGCAACCCGCCUUCACGAACCGGUACCCCUGUUGGAACCAGCCGCACUGCCUCUCCAUAUCUCAACCCCAAUGCCAACGGAAACGGUGCCACUCGUCCCAAAUCACCCCUUGCAACUCCUGACUCCGCCACACAAUCUCCUCGCCCUCAACCCGUCACAUCCGCCGCGAUCCGGAAAUCUACCACCACAAGCGGCACGACGACACGAAAGAGCACGGUCCUCGGCGGGAAGAAGAAGCUCGGGGCCAAGAAAAUCGCCCCGAGCGAAGCUCUCGACUUCGAAGAAGCAGAGAAGAAAGCCAAGGAGGACGCCGAGCGGAUCGCAAAGCUCGGCUACGAUCCCGACGAGGAGACUCCCCCCAUCCCGUCCAGCGCGGCGACCGCAACCCCAUCAACUAUCCUUAGCCCCACACCCGUAAGCCCCACCCCGACCGGCGGCUUCGGCACCACCGCCAAGCCCCGCGACCGUGCCAGCAACGAUAUGGACCGCCUCGGCAUGGGCGUCACGCGCCUCGGCUUCGGACAAGUCGGCGCAGGCCCCUCCAGCGCCGCCGCCCCCAAGAAACCGGGCUUCGGCUUCGGCGCCGUCGCCAAGCCCAGCGCCACCACCGCGAACGACGAAACCUACGCACGCCAGAAAUUCGGCGUGCAAAAGGGCAUCUCGUCAGACGAGUUCUUCGGGCGCAACGCGUUCGAUCCGUCGGCGCAGGCGGAGGCGAAAGGGCGGCUGCAGGGGUUCGAGGGUGCGACGAGCAUCUCGUCGAACGCGUACUUCGGGCGGCCGGAAGAGGAUAUGGAGGAGGAUGGGGAGUAUGGUGACCUGGAGUCAGCAGCGAAGGAUUUCGUGCGGAAGUUCGGUAUGACGGCGGGGGAUGACUUGGAUAAUUUGACGGCGUUGGUGGGUGAGGGAGCGAAGCAGUUGCAAGGCGCGAUUAGGGACUAUCUGAAUGGUUAGGUAGGUCUGACGAUGCACAACUCGUCUUCAAUGAAUGGUCGAUGAAUAUCAUGAGACGGUCCAGUGGCUCAGCUAGCAGUAUGUUCAAUUGCUAUUCCCGGCGCGUUUCUUGCUCGGUUGGUGUCGGAUAGCAUUAGCAAUACCUAGGAAAAUGCGCAUAUUUUCAAAGCCA